GAUCCAAGUAGCGUGAGAGAAAGAGAGAGACAGAGAGACUAGAUUUUUUAUUUUAUUUUUACUUUUACAUAUAAAGCAAAGCACCAAAGCACAUAACAUUCAGCGACCAGAUCUAACUUGAAGCCUGCAAAGGAAAGCUCAACAUCUGCAUCAUCCUUCUCAUUUUUUUUUAAAUAAUUAUAUUAUUAAUAUAAUUCACAAAUAAUUUUCUCUUCUCUUAUCUCUUAGAUCUGUCAAAUUCAAUUCUCAGAUCUCCCUAGGGUUUUAUUUGCUCAUUUCACUCUUUGAUGGUUUUCCAACCUUGAGUAUGGAUUCGCAGCCUUCCCAAUUGGGAAGGUAUACAGUUGAUUCUCCUACCUCCACCUCCACCAUCACCUCCACUGCCAGUUUCCUAGCUAGUUCCUCCUUGUCUAAAUCUAUCUCGGAUGCUGGCAUCCAGAGUCUCUCUUCAAUCCUCAACAAUCCUCACGUCGGCAAAUCCGGUGUCUACGGCUCUGAUGCAUCCUGGGUCGGCUGGUGGUCUUCCUCCACUUCCGUCGCUCCACCGGAGUUCGCCCCGUUGAUUCCCAAUAAGGCAUCAUCCGACUUGUCGAGAUCUGAUUUCCAAAGCUACUUGUCGUCCAUUGCUGAGCCUUAUCACCGAUUUGAGGACGUUAGGAAUCACGCCAGCAAGGAGGAGAAUUUGGACUUAGAGAGCAUCGGCGGCCAAGGCGAGGCACUUGUGGCGUGUUUGCGAGAGGUACCCGCAUUGUAUUUUAAAGAAGAUUUCGCUUUGGAAGAUGGGCCCACCUUCCGCGCUGCUUGCCCCUUCUCCAACGUGUCGGAGAAUGUAGUGCUGCAAGAGAAGUUGUCGCAGUAUUUGGACGUGGUGGAAUUGCACUUGGUGAAGGAGAUUUCGUUGCGAUCUAAUUCGUUUUUCGAGGCGCAGGGGCAGUUGCAGGAUCUCAAUGUUAAGAUAGUGGGAGGAUGUAGUCGGAUUCGGGAGUUGAAGGAGACUAUAAGGCUUUUGGAUAAGGAUCUGGUUGAGUCCGCAAGGCAUAUUCAGGAGUUAAAUGCUACCAGGAGUAAUUUGUUGGCUCUGCAGCACAAAUUGAGGGUUAUAUUAUAUGUUAACCAAGCUCUUUCAGCUCUCAAAUUGCUUGUUGCAUCUGCAGAUUGUGCUGGAGCUUUGGAUGUUACCGAUGAUUUACAGCAUCUGCUGGAUGGAGAUGAGCUGACUGGUCUGCAUUGUUUUCGUCACCUUCGGGAUCAUGUGGGAGCUUCAAUAGAUUCCGUAAACUGCAUUCUCUCAGCAGAAUUUAUGCGAGCUGCAAUACAUGAUUCUGGGGAUGCAGAUGUGGUUAUUUUAUCUAAAGCUAAAGUCAGGGCUUCCAUUUCCCCAAAUGGAAAAGAUGAUGAAGUUAAAUUAGAUGAAGAAGAGACCUCUAAUUUUCGUGAUCGACUCCUCCCUCUCAUUGUUGGGUUGCUGAGAACAGCUAAGCUUCCUUCUGUGUUGAGAAUAUAUCGUGAUACACUUACUGCUGACAUGAAAACUGCUAUUAAAACUGCAGUUGCAGAGCUGCUUCCCAUUCUUGUGGCCCGGCCUUUAGAGUCAGAUUUUACACCUGGAGAGCGAACAGUAGAUGCAGAUGGUGGAGGUUUAUCACUUGCAAGCAAGUUAAGGAGCUUGUCAUCUGAAAGUUUUGUUCAACUUUUAGGUGCUAUUUUCAAGAUUGUACAGGCACAUUUAGUACGGGCUGCUGAAGUGAAAAAGGCAAUUGAGUGGAUUAUGUGCAACUUGGAUGGACACUAUGCUGCUGAAUCAGUUGCUGCUGCAAUUGCAGUUGGUGCUGCAGCUGCUGAAACUUUACAAGAGAGUGACAUUCAGGGCAGUUCAGUUCCUUCUUUUUUGCCUCAAAGAAGUUCUGUUAAGGUUCCUUCAUCUCAGGGGAAAACAAAUGAUGCAGCGAGUCCCUCAAAUAUGUCUAGAAACUUCAGGGCUGAUGUAUUACGAGAGAAUGCUGAAGCUGUCUUUGCUGCUUGCGAUGCUGCUCAUGGAAGAUGGGCAAAGCUCCUUGGGGUCCGUGCUCUUCUACAUCCUAAGUUGAGAUUGCAGGAGUUUUUAAGCAUAUACAACAUCACACAAGAGUUUAUUACUGCUACUGAGAAGAUAGGUGGAAGGUUGGGGUAUAGUAUUCGUGGAACACUACAAUCACAGGCCAAAGCAUUUGUUGAUUUCCAGCACGAAAUGCGAAUGACAAAAAUUAAGGCAGUGCUUGAUCAAGAGACGUGGGUGGAAGUUGAUGUCCCUGAUGAAUUUCAGGCCAUUGUUGCCUCGUUCUUUUCUUCUGAGGCAUUGAUAUCUGGGGACCUUGAUGAUGCUCAAGGUAUCAUGACAACAAGAUAUGGUGAAGAGGUCACAAGCAAUGAUGGUUCAAUUCUGGCUGACAAUGAAGCACAAAAUGCUCAACAUCCACUUGGGAGGAGGGACUCUGGUGAGAUAUCUUUACAAAACACCGUGCAAGUGAAAUAUGCUCCUUUAGCUGAAGCAACGGAAAGCAAUAAAGUAGAUGUUACUUCAGCUCAGAGCAACAACACUAAUGCAAAGGAGCGUGGAAAGUUGGCCUCUCAAACGCUUAUAUGUGGAGGUGUUGGAUAUCACAUGGUAAACUGUGGCUUAAUAUUGCUGAAGAUGUUGUCAGAGUACAUUGAUAUGAAUAAUUUUUUGCCAGCACUGUCUUCGGAAGUUGUUCAUCGUGUUGUGGAGAUAUUAAAAUUUUUCAAUACAAGGACUUGUCAACUUGUUCUUGGAGCUGGUGCCAUGCAGGUAUCUGGAUUGAAGUCUAUUACUUCUAAACACUUGGCCCUUGCAAGUCAAGUCAUCAGUUUUACACAUGCUAUUAUUCCUGAAAUCAGGCGAGUUCUUUUCCUUAAAGUACCCGAGAUAAGAAAGCUAUUGCUGCUCUCUGAGAUUGAUCGUGUAGCACAGGAUUACAAGGUUCACCGAGAUGAAAUACAUACAAAACUGGUUCAGAUAAUGAGAGAAAGGUUGUUGGUUCAUUUACGUGGAUUACCUCAAAUUGUUGAGAGCUGGAAUAGACCUGAAGAUGCUGACUCACAGCCUAGUCAGUUUGCUCGUUCUCUUAUAAAGGAAGUUGGAUACCUUCAACGUGUUUUGUCUCGAACUUUACAUGAGGUAGAUGUUCAAGCAAUUUUUAGACAAGUGGUUAUAAUUUUCCAUUCACAAAUUUCAGAAGCAUUUUCACGGUUAGAGAUCAGCACUCCACAAGUGAAGGAAAGGCUUCAUCGAGAUGUUAAACACAUUCUUGGAUGCAUUAGAUCAUUACCAACUGAUAACUUGAGUAAAUCUGGUACCCCUAACUGGGGGCUGCUUGACGAAUUCUUGAUACAAAAGUUUGGAGCUGAAGCUGGUUAAAAAAUUGUUGUCAAGUACCAAAUUGAUUGAGGCUGUAACAAGACUUUCAGGAAACAUAUAGAGAUCUCAGAACCAGUUCUCAGCCUAUACAUUUACCUUGUAGAAUAGAAUUGAGUAUCGUCAGCGUAUUCAGGGUAAUUGACGGUGACUACAGACAGAUUGUGGUGAUUGAAUUUAAGCUGAAACCUCCCCACUUUGUGAAAUCCAAUGUCAAGUUUUACACAAUUGUACAAUUAUCGAUCUAUCAUCUGCACAAAAGUUCAAAGAAUGCCUCAAGCACAACUUCUAUGCUGGUCGUGUUUUUAUUUUAAGGUGUAAAGGUUCUGGAGUUGAGUUGUGAAUUGUGAUGAAAGACUGGUACAUGGAAGGAAUUCAGUUGGGCCUCAAAUGCGUUGGAUGAAACUGAUUGUUUGUGCUGGCUCUGCUUGUUUAAAAUUCGAGAUUAUUUAAAUACAAAGAGUAACUGACAUAGACUCAUUCGCCUUCAGAAAGCAUAUUCAAAUAAAAAUCACAUGACAAUUAGAUUUGAUGUAACUA